GGUUAACAUAAAAAAAUAAUUAUUAGUUGAUUUGUUUUGGUGUGAAGAACUGUGAUUUUGUUAGUUGUGCUUUUUUUUUAAGAAAAAAAUGGUAAUUUUUCGCACCAAGUCCAUGCAACGACAAUUUUCCCACAUACGUUUCAUAUUCUUGCUAAUUAUAGUACUCAAUACCCUGGAUACAAAAGAUCACACCACCAGACCGCAAACUUUACAUAGAAAACACUUCGAACAAGAUUUAAAAUAUUGCCAAAAGUGUUUUGAACAUCAAAUAGAAAAUUGUUUAAAUUUCUUUCACAAAAUCGAAGCAGAUAAUGAGUUUUCCAUAAGGCAGCUAAUAAACCUAUUACCUGAAAGAUCUUGCAAAAGAAACAACCAAUUGGUGCAGUUAAAAAACUCCCACGAAAAACUGAUAACUAAAUAUUUAUUUAAGGCACAAAAUUUAGAAACAAGUGAACUGAAAAUUAAAGAAUUGAAACAAGAAUUUUUGGAGCAGCAUAAUGCUUUACAAGGCAUGCAAUUUGCUCCUUUAAAGAGUUUUGAAAAUUUCAUAAAAGCUUUACAGCAAGUGCAUUUAAAUCUAACAGAAAUCACUAUUUGGCAUUACUUAAUAAACAAUAUACAACCUUUGUUAAUGCCCCUACUAGAGCAGCAAAACUUUCCGGUACCCAAAACCUAUAAAGUGUGUGGUUUUACCCUUUACCAACAAUAUGCCGGUCAAGAUUUAUAUCAUUAUUUCCAAAUGGAAUUUCCUUUAAAAUUGGAAAUUUCCAAACAAUUACUACAGGCAGCUUUAAAAUUUUCCUAUGGUUUUAAAAAUUACCGUUUCUAUAUAACCGAUCUUACGGCCGAUAAUAUGGUAUAUGAUACAAUCAAAAAUAAAUUAUAUUUUAUCGAUUUGGAUACUCUAUUCAUAGUGGAUUCAUCUAAGGCUAAAUACAAAUCCUCCAUACAUAAACAUGAGUAUAUAGAAUGUCCGGGUUGUUUUGCUUAUUCAGCAGAUGAUAUAGCUUCUUAUAAUAUCAGUGAUAUAAAUGUGUAUUCUGCUUGUCAGUUUCUUAGAGAAGAUCUAUUUAGAGAUCACACGAAAGGUUUUCUCUAUCCCAUACCCCCCGAAGUAAAUGAGGCAUAUCCAAAAUUAUGGCAGCUAUUAAAUAAAUGUGUUGAUUGUCCGGGUUCAGUGUGUUGGGAACGUUUUACGGUAGCUAAGGAUUUAAUGGCAGUAAUUGAGCAGAUUCUGGAGAAUUAAAUUAACAUGCAGGAAAGGAAAAAGAUGUAUUUAAUCUAUUCGUCGCAGACUGUAUUACUUUCACAUAGAAGAUUCCCCACCAAUUGAAUUUCAACUAAAAAUAAGUAUUUUCAAGUACAAUUGUGUUUUUUCUUUGUGGUUAAUUCUUUUUUUUUACAAAAAUAUUUUUCAAAAAAGCUAAAAAAUUUAAGUUAAUUAGUUUUUUUUUAAAUUAAGUUUUUAAAAAAUUUAUAAAAUUAAAAAUAUUUAAAAAAAUUCCAGUUCUUUCCCUUGUAAAAUAAUUAUAUUUUGUGUCUGGCAAUCUUUCUGCCUACUACAAAGUUAUUAAAACAAAAUUGUUGAAAGUACAUUUCCAUGCCUCAAUUGCAGAAAAUAAAAACAUCUUCAGCGAAUGUAUAUUUUUGUCUGUAAAUGAUGAUGUAUGACAUACGUUUGCCGUAAGGAAAAUAUACACACAUUCUACAAAUACACAGACUUAUAUCUGAAUUAUUUUUUGGCGUAAAUACACAUAAGAAAAUGCACAGUAAUGUUUAAAAUGUUAGCCGAAAAUU